AUGUAUGAGAAGUUAACCAUGCUGAACCUGCAGAGCGGCUCAAACUGGAGUGGACCCAACAACUGGUACCAUGACCCCACUGGUGUUCAGACACAACACAGUACAGUGUCUGACGGCUGUCUGCUGGACACAGAGGGCAGCAUGGGGGGAGAGGUGGGUGGAGGAGGGGGGGGAACAGGCCGAGGGGGAGGAGGGGGAGUGCCUGUCGACAGGGACGAUGGCGAGGAGUCGCAACUGAGGCUGCAGCUGAAGAGGAAGCUGCAGAGGAACAGGACCAGCUUCACGCAGGAGCAGAUCGAGGCUCUGGAGAAAGAGUUUGAAAGGACACAUUACCCCGAUGUCUUUGCACGGGAGAGAUUGGCAAAUAAGAUUGAUUUACCAGAGGCCAGGAUACAGGUAUGGUUCUCAAAUCGAAGAGCCAAGUGGAGGAGGGAGGAGAAGCUGCGCAAUCAAAGGAGGUCAGGAGGAGUGACUUCCUGUUCACAGAGCCAAGCCCCUCUGACCACUUCCUUCAACACCUCCGUCUAUCAUCAGCAGCACGGCAGCAGCUCAGGGUCCAUGUUGAGUCAGGCUGAGUCGUCCCUGCCCAGCUACAGCUCUCUGUCAGUUUUCUCAUCCGGAGUUCAGUCCAUCCCUCCUCAGUCGGCCUCCUCCUACUCCUGUAUGUUGCCUCCCUCCCCCUCUGCCCCGCGAAGCUUUGACUCCUCAGCGUACUCCUCCCCUCAUCUGCAGACCCCGUCCUCGGCCAACUCCAACACCGGGCUCAUAUCGCCCGGCGUUUCAGUGCCGGUCCAGGUUCCAGGAGCUGAGCAGCAGAGCAUGAGUCAUAACCUGGGUCAGUACUGGGCCAGACUACAGUGA